UAAUCGAGGAUUAGCGGUUAAAGUGUCCGUGGGAAGGGAAGAAGACAGAGUCUCUCCAAAAUCCAUUGCAGUGAGUAAUGGAUCGUCAAUGGCGUCCUCCUCCACCACCACCACCACCCAAUGUCUGCCCCGCUUGCUUCCACUCCCACUUCCCUUUUUGCCCUCCCCCAUCCCCCUUCCCUUACGCCAACCCCAAUUUCAAGAGACCCCGAAUCGACGACAACCCUAUCAGUUUCUCCGACGACGAACGCAGGUUAAAGCUCAUUCGCGAUCACGGAUCCCACACCUACGCGCCACACCCUAAUCACAACGCCUUCCCUCCUCCCCACAAUGCCCAAUUCAGAUCUUCCCCUCACCCCUCGCAGCGCGUUCCCGACGGUUUCCAUCAUAUUGGUGCCAUGCAGCCACAACCACCUCACCAAGGGAACCAGCACAAUUUCAAUGGAAGAGUAGUUCACUAUCCUUAUCCCUACCCUGCUCCCAAUGAUAAUAAUAUGGAGGCUCCUUGGUUCUUCAAGGGGCAGCCUCAGCCUCCUCUUCCUUCUUCGCCGCCGCCACCUCUUCCCAUGGAACCGUCUAUGAAUCAAUUGAAAACGUACUUUUCACCACCCAAGAAACCUCCUUCUCUUUUUCCCGUUCCCGAACCUCACCCCAUGCCUCAGCCCUAUUACCCCACCGCUUUUCCUUCCGAGCGGGAACCAUCGAAGCAGCAGUACUUGGGGGAUUCCCAAUCUUUUGCGAUAAAUCAAUUGGCUGCAGAGAGACCUAAAGUGAUCGAUGCUUCGCGCUUAUUCCGGCAUCCGCAUCGAGCUUCACGCCCAGAUCAUUUUGUCAUCAUCUUGCGAGGCCUUCCAGGUAGUGGUAAGAGUUACCUUGCAAAGAUGUUGCGUGAUCUUGAGGUUGAAAAUGGUGGCGAUGCUCCACGAAUUCAUUCUAUGGAUGAUUAUUUUAUGACUGAGGUUGAAAAGGUUGAGGAUAGUGAGGCAUCAAAAUCUUCAAGUUCAGGCAGGAGCAAGAAGCUUGUGACAAAGAAGGUCAUGGAGUAUUUUUAUGAACCUGAAAUGGAGGAGGCAUAUCGGUCAAGCAUGUUGAAAGCUUUCAAGAAAACUGUUGAGGAAGGAGUUUUCACCUUUAUUAUUGUGGAUGACCGCAAUCUGCGGGUAGCUGAUUUUUCUCAGUUUUGGGCAACUGCAAAGAGAUCGGGGUAUGAAGUUUACAUUUUAGAAGCUACAUACAAGGAUCCGGUGGGUUGUGCUGCUAGGAAUGUCCAUGGAUUUACACAGGAAGACAUAGAAAAGAUGUCUAAGCAAUGGGAAGAAGCUCCAUCCUUGUAUCUGCAGCUUGAUGUGAAGUCAUUAUUUCAUGGAGAUGAUCUAAAGGAAAGCAGAAUACAGGAGGUUGACAUGGAUAUGGAAGAUGAUCUGGGUGAUGCAUUACUUCCAGUUCAAGGAAAAGAAGCUGAUAAAGUUGUUGACCCUCCAUUUGGAGAAGAUGCAAGUUUCCUAAAGGCUGGGAAGAAUUGGGAUGCUGAAGAGGAACAUCCAACAGAAGUCAGGGAGUUGGGUAAAAGCAAAUGGUCAGAAGAUUAUGGUGAAGAUGACAUUGAUCAAACUGAAGGUAUGAAGGGCAAUAUAAAUGCUCUGUCUGGGUUAAUUCAUCAUUAUGGCAAGGAACGAAAAUCUGUACAUUGGGGUGAUCAGGGUGGCAAGACAGGGUUUUCAAUAGGGGCUGCAAAGAAGGUAAAUGCUUUGUCUUUAGUGAUCGGACCUGGUGCUGGAUAUAACCUGAAAUCUAAUCCAUUACCUGAAGAGGAUAGUCCAACCCGUAAUAGUGUGGAUUCAAAGAAGCAUAGCAUAUUUCAAGAACAAAUCCGGGCUGAACGAGAAUCUUUCAAAGCUAUUUUUGAUAGGAGACGGCACAGGAUUGGUGGACUUGAUGUGGAAGAGGACUAAAAGAGAGCCACCCAAUGCAGAAAUGCUUUCACAAAACAGAGUAUGGGGAGGGUAGAUAUAUCAUGUAUUCAGCUUUAUCCCUCCCUGCGUUGGAGAAGUUGUUACCAGGAUUUGAAUCCUCCACAAGACGGAUGUGGAGACUGAUUCCGAAUUUUGGUUUUAAUGUCAUCAAAACAGACGGAUUACUUGAAAGUCAUACUUCCAUGUAUUAGAGGAGUUUAGGUGAAAGAAUAGAGUUGAGUUGUUUGGUUGGCUGGGAAAAGAACAUGAUGUUCCCAAUGAGUUUUUGUGGAAUGAUGUAAAAUUUUAUUCAAGGAUUAAUAUGAAAUAUCUGUGAUAAGGUCAACUCAGCGUCUAUCUGAGUGUAGGUUUAUGUUUUUCUUUUCUUGUACCAGCACGCUAUUUGACAUUUUACACUGAAAGAAGAAAAUAUUAAGUUUA